UAGACAGGAAGGAGGCACCACAGGCCCUGUGAUACUAGUCAGCCCCAAAUCUUACAGACUGACAUGCAGUGCAUCCAAAUCAAUGCCACUUUUCACAUGAAUGAAUAGCACCUGACCAGAUCAGGUUAGAUUUGGCAGCCAGAUAUCUUCAAGACUGGUAGCAGGCCACUGAGAGGGAGCCUUGUUCGACUGAAAUGCUUCUGUGCAGUCUGCCAGCUGCUGCUUCUGCUCCUGAGCCACAGUGGAGAGUUUCCCUCACCCCCCUGCAUAGACAGAGACAAAAGGCCUGAUUCGCCUUUCGAACACUGCCCCCUCUACCCUUCCGUCCCUUCAUGAAGGUUUGAGAGGGUGGCAGGGGCUUAACCAGGACGCCCUGCCUGAACUAGGAUCUGGGACUAAACCAGAGACGGAGAGAGGGCAUUGAGGGUGGGGUGGAGCAGGAUGAGGGCUGAAAUGGCUGGGAGAGUAUAAGGCCUCGACAACCAGAGAGGAAAAAAGCCUGACAAGGGUUUUUUUUUUUCAGGUGAAGAAGCAAGAGCAUGGGCGAUAUGAAGACCCCAGACUUUGAUGAUCUGUUAGCAGCCUUUGACAUACCUGAUAUGGUGGAUCCUAAAGCCACCAUCGACUCUGACCACCCAGAUGGCCACGCAGUGCAGCUUAAGCCCUCGCCCAGUGGGUCUACCAUUAAUGAAGACGAAGCCCACAACUCAUCAGCCGGACAUGAUAUUGGCAUCAGUGUUAUUGUCAAAAACAUCAGAAACAUGGACCCUACCAAGAACGUUGGGGCUCUGUCUGAAGAGAACAAGGAGUUGUUCGCCAAGGCAUUUGCCCACUCUGUUAGCAGUAGCAAAGCUGUCAACAAUGGCAUCCUGCCCUGCCAAGCAAAGCGCUUUCACCCUCCUAAAGCAGGUUGGAAGAAAAGAAUCGGGCAACCAGCAACAAAGCAUUUUAAUCAGUUCAGUCCAAUCUCAAGUGCAGAAGAGUAUGAUGAGGAAGAAAAGAAUGACGUAGAUGAGCCAAAGGAAAGAAAAGCUACAUCUGAAAAAGACCAUUUCAAGUCCCCAUUGCUAGUACCAAGCACAGAAAAGCAGGAGCAAAACAACCACCAUAACUCAGUGAGGUGUCUCGCCUCUCCAUCAAACUUAACAACAGAGGCACCAAAUGAAAGGCUCCAUAAGCUUCAGGAGGUCAGAGAGGUGUUGAGAGCCGAUAAUGAAUGUAACAUCAACAUGAAAUCCAAGACCUCGGCUAAACUUUCAUCGUGUAUGGCUGCUAUAGCUGCUCUAAGUGCCAAAAAUGGAAGCCCUAUAGAAGCCAAUAGAAGUUCUCUAAAUACUGUGAAAAAACCAUUUGAAUCAGAUGAAAACAUGAAGACUCCAGAGGCAUUAACAGAAGCAGAACCAGCUUUGGAGACAGCAAAGAGACAGUUAUCAAAGCAACCAGCCAGUGACAACAGUGGUAAAUGCUCAGUAGCCUCAAGCACAGACGCGCUGGUUAUCCCAAAAGUCAGGAUAAAAACAAUCAAGACCUCCUCUGGACAGAUCAAACGUACAGUCACUCAUGUGCUUCCAGAUUUCGAAAAAGACAACAUUUCCGAUGGGCAAACUGCAGUGGCUACAAACGCAAUUUCAGCCUCUCCCGCAAGGUCACUUUUACCUGCCAGUACGGCCACACAAAUACCCAAGCAUAUGACAAUUAAACCAGUUGCAACAGCGUUUUUGCCAGUAUGUGCCGUAAAGACAGCCGGCUCCCAGGUCAUCAACCUUAAGCUGUCCAACAACACGACAGUCAAGGCAACGGUCAUCCCAGCCUCUUCUGUGCAAAGCGCCAGCAGCACCAUCCUAAAAGCAGCUAAUGCGAUCCAGCAACAAGCGAUUGUGGUGCCAGCAUCCAGCCUUGCUAAUGCCAAACUUGUGCCCAAAGCAGUACAUCUGACUGACCUCAACAUUCUCCCUCCCAACACGACUACAAGCACCACAGCGUCCAGUGUGAAGAACAAAAAAUCAACCCACCAAGUUAAGCAGCGACCUGUUCUGAAGGCUCAGCCCUCCAAGAAAGUCUCAAAGGUUCAACUGACAAACAGUUCUCAAAGUUCGGUUGUGGACGCAUUCAAUAAAGUGCUCAGUAGCAUCAACCCUGUUCCUGUGUAUGUCCCAAACCUCUCGCCACCGACCUCCACCGAUAUCGCUAUUCCUUCCCGUGGAUACAAAUGCCUGGAGUGUGGGGACUCUUUUGCGCUAGAGAAGAGCUUGUCCCAGCACUACGAACGACGCAGUGUGAGGAUCGAGGUCACGUGCAAUCACUGUGCCAAAGGGUUAGUGUUCUACAACAAGUGCAGCCUCUUGUCUCACGCCCGAGGACACAAGGACAAGGGGAUCGUCAUGCAAUGUUCCCAUCUUAUCCUUAAACCUAUACCGGCUGAUCAGAUGCUCAAACGGACAACCUCACCACCUGGUCUACCUGACAUCUCCGACCCCAUCAUCACCUCUACUGCACAGUCUUCAGAAGGCCAAAGAAAAGCCCUCAGUAGAGGACCCCAAACCACCGCCAAUUCCUUGGAGGACCAUGCAUUGAAACCCAAUCAGACCUGCCUCAAGUGUUCGGAGUGCAACAAGAAAUUUCACGACGACUGCUCACUAGCCCUGCAUUAUCAACAGACCCUUGACUCCAGUGGGCAGAUAUCUUGCUCGUCCUGCCAAAUGCUUCUGCCCAGUCCAUGCAGCCUCCGCUCACACCAGCGAAUCCAUCAGCACAAGUCUCCGUACAUUUGUCCAGAAUGUGGCACGAGCUGCCCGUCACUUCACUUUCAGUCCCACCUCGCUAAAGACUGCCUUCACUAUACGCGUAGAGUUGGGUACCGAUGCGUUCACUGCACUGUGGUCUUUGCUGAUGCCGCAUCACUGAAAUCCCACAUCCAGAGUUCACACUGCGAGCUCUUCUACAAAUGUCCGCUGUGUCCAAUGGCCUUCAAGUCUGCGCCUGGAACGCAUUCCCAUGCUGACUCGCAGCAUCCUGGUGUAAAGGCCGGAGAACCAAAAUUGAUAUACAAGUGUUCCAUGUGUGACACCGUGUUCACUCAGCAGUCCCUGCUAUUCACUCAUUUUGACCAGCAUGUAGCCAACCAUAAGGUUCCAGUGUUCAAGUGCCCAGAAUGCUCCAUCUACUACGCACAGAGACAAGUCAUGUUGGACCACAUAAAGGCUAUCCAUGGGACGCUGAAGACCUCUGAUGGAGCAUCAAACAUUGGAGUUUUCCAGCCACUGAGCUCCAAAACAACAAAUUCAAACAGCUCAAAGGGAAACAGCAGCCCAAGCAGUGAUAAGGACAAGGAUGGAGGAAAGGUAACUUGUCAAAACAAGGAAGAUGACAAACCAAAAGUCCCGGAUAAUAACAACAAAGCGGUGAGGAAGAAGACAACCGGAUACACAUGCACAGAAUGCAACCUUCCCUUCAGCUCAAAGGAUGCGUUUGUGGCUCACAUGAAGUAUGAGCAUAACAAAGUGCUGAAGAAGCACCCGUGUCGACUGUGUGAGAAGUCCUUCAACUCCUCCCACAGUCUUUGUCGACACAAUCGAAUCAAGCACAGGGGGCUUCGCAAAGUGUACGCCUGCCCAGACGGUCCAGCUGAGAAUUUCACAAAGAGAGCAGCGCUAGCUCAGCGCACCCUGAUGAUGCACAGCCAAGCCGAGAAGAGGACGGAAGACUCUCUUGAUGAGAGCUCAAGGCAGCAGAAGGAAACGGCUGACAUUCUAAAGAGGAAGCAAGAGGAGGAUGAGGAGUCCAUGACCCUCACCGUAAGAGACUCACAGCCUCUGAAGAAACUCAAGGUGAACAUUCCCAAAAUCCACAAGUGCGCAGUCUGCGGCUUCACCAGUGAAGACAUCACUGCUUUUCACAAGCACAUUCCUCAGCACAAGUCCAACGGCUCGUCCUUCCAGUGCCACGAGUGCGGCCUGUGCUACACCUCCCACCGUUCACAGGCCCGACACCUGUUCAUCGUCCAUCGCCUGAAGGAGCCACGUUGUCUUGGCAAUAAUGAUGAUGAGAGCCAGCGAGAGAACACGCUGGAUGUUACAGAUGAGAACAGUGACGGGAAACCAAACACCCAAUGCAAAGUGUGUGGUAAGGUUUUUGAAACAGAGGGCAGGUUAAACACUCACAUGAGGACUCAUGGCAUGGCCUUCAUAAAGGCGAAGAGACUGAGCGCAGCCGAAAAGUAAAAACUGCUUGGAAAUUAUGAACUUUUUAGGCAAAGAAAUGUUUUAGGUGCAAUGUUAUACAUACCAAAUAAGUUAAACUUAUUUAUAUUUAAUGCAUCAAGUUUUUGCAAAAUACUAUUUUCAUUUAAACAAAUGUUUAUAAAGGACAAGAAUCUUGUCUAUGUCUUUAUAGUAGCAGAUCGUGGUUGUGCAAUGAGAUGUUCAGUGCUAAAUAAUGCUGCUAGUGUCUCACUUUGUCUGGAUAGAAGGAAAUGCAGUCGCUGUUUCUCAGAUGCAUAGUUUCUAAGACUUAUUUACUUUUACACUUGUAUUUGACAUAUGACUUUACAAAGAGGGAGCUGCUUCCAUGAGAUGAAAAUCACAUCAUCUAUUUAAAAAGGACAGCAAAUGAUCUUAAACAACAUUGAAUGUUUGAAAUGGACCCAAACCUAUCAAGCUGCCGUUUGUCUGUGUUCCCUUUUUAAUGUGUAGCAACUGCAGUUUUUUAUCAGCAUGAGUCGGGCAGAGAAAUUGAUGAUUUGUAGUCGAGCAAUACUCUUCAACAUAGAUUUCAUGUGAAGUGAAUAUUUUUAUACCUGUGUUAUUUGCUCUCUUGCAUCACAUGUAACAAUUAUAUGAAUAAAAAAAUGUUGUGUGGCUAGACAACAUUCUCAGAAGGUACAGCAGAUGAAUACUCUGGAUCUUAUCUGCAGCCACGACAGGUUUAAUUCACUGCAGUACCUCUGCUAGAAUUCGUUUUGCACAGUUGUGACACAUGUGUAUUUGUCUUUAGAAGCUGUUGCUAUUUUCCAGUGUUUCUGAUGAACAAGACUGUUGUUAUUGUCAAAGAAAAUACAGAGCAUUUGCCUAUCAAGAGUUGCUUUUAUUUGGAUGAAGUGAUCAAGUGUCGAGAUACAGGCGGGAGUGAAGAGCAAACCUGUCUUCUGGCGACUCUCCCACCAGGAGUCGUCCUCCUACACCUGAAGCCAUUUUGAUCACCCUACUUCGACGCGCCAGUCCCCUUCAUGUCCUCAUCUGCAGUAAAGACAAACCU